AUGGGGAUUCAGGAGGGACUGGACUGUAAGGAGUGUAAGCUAACGACUGCCCGCAGGACCCGCCGAACCUUCUGCUCGUCCAAGGCUUGCGGCAAGCACCAGCCCCACAAGGUCACUCAGUACAAGAAGGGGAAGGACUCUUUGGCUGCCCAGGGAAAGAGACGUUAUGACCGAAAGCAGUCCGGUUACGGUGGUCAGACCAAGCCUAUCUUCCACAAGAAGGCUAAGACUACCAAGAAGGUCGUCCUCCGGUUAGAAUGCUCCUCGUGCAAGGCCAAGCACCAGCUCGUCCUCAAGCGGUGCAAGCACUUCGAGCUUGGAGGUGACAAGAAGCAAAAAGGCGCCGCCCUUCAGUUCUGA